UCUUGUGCUCUCUCUCUCUCUCUCUCUCCUCUGUGCCCCUUCAUCUUCCUUUCUCCCUCCAUCCCUCUUUUCUCCGCCCUGUUGCUGUCCCUCCUCCCUCCAUGUACCCUGUGUUCACAUACAGCUGGCUGUGUGCAUUCCCCCCGGGGUGUGUGUGUGUGUGGGGGGGGGGAGCGUGCUAUGAAAUGACACACUCCGAGAGACACGCAGAGAUGCUCCUGUCUCCAUGGCAGCGGUAACUCAAAGGAGUUGAUCUUCUGGGAUAUCACGUCAGCCCUGAGAAGUGGUAUGAGCUCUCUAGCCGAGAGUGACUGCAAUUAUCACAAGACCGUACGCAACUCCCCCGACGCGGCCAAGAAUCAGGAGAGAAAAAGAAGACGCACAACGACUACAACCAACUUCACCGACCUUACAGGAGACCUCCAGCAGAAGAAAAGCAACUGCUGAGAUACCCUUCCCAACGAGAGACGGUGAUGAGACAGACACCAUGGAGGACUGACACCCCGAGACAUGGCAAGUGUAGAGCCGGAAGAAAAGACAUCCAACAAUUAAACAAAACCUUAAAAAAUUGUAGAGCGGAAAGUUUUGCACUAAAGCAGGGGUGCUCAGCACUUUGUACCGAAUGAUGGAUUUUGAACUUGACUUUGGACUCACAUUGAAUCAUCAGAGACAGUGAAAGGGAAAGACGGGGGAAUACCAGACUGGAUGGUGGACAUCAGUAGAACCCCAGAAAGGCAUGUGAUAGGAAUCAGUGUAUGGAUAGAUAAUACGAGUGCAGAUAGUAGUGUUAGUAGCUGUGUCCUGGAGGAAUGGUGUGAGGAACGGUGUCCUUUGGAGAGGUAUAUGUAGGGAGAAGCCUCUUAUAACAAGCCGGAAAGGAGUAUUACCCUCAAUCUACUUAUAAGGUGCCGGGGGGAAAGUUCCUAAUCAAGAAGUACGGAAUAAUAGUUUUGUGCAAAGUUUAGACAAUAGACCCCUCAGACACGGUGUAGGAUAGGUGUAGCAAGUAUUGUCUUCAAACAAGGAUAAGGGAUUCGUUUUUCAGACAGUAUAAGAGGAAAGAGGGGUGUAUGACCUGUGAAGAGAGCUUAGAAGGUAGUUUCUACAGUCAAGGUGUAGGGAAAUUGUAGGUAUUGGUAUCCUCAGUCAAGGAGUAGAGAGAUUGCAGGUUGUGGUAUUCUCAGUCAAGGUGUAGGAAGAUUGUAGGUCUUGGUAUCUUCAGUCAAGGUGUAGGAAGAUUGUAGGUCUUGGUAUCUUCAGUCAAGGUUUAGGAAGAUUGUAGGUCUUGGUAUCUUCAGUCAAGGUAUAGGAAGAUUGUAGGUCUUGGUAUCUUCAGUCAAGGUGUAGGAAGAUUGUAGGUCUUGGUAUCGUCCGUCAAGGUGUAGGAAGAUUGUAGGUCUUGGUAUCGUCCGUCAAGGUGUAGGAAGAUUGUAGGUCUUGGUAUCCUCCGUCAAGGUGUAGAGAGAUUGCAGGUUGUGGUAUCUUCAGUCAAGGUGUAGGAAGAUUGUAGGUCUUAGUAUCUUCAGUCAAGGUGUAGGAAGAUUGUAGGUCUUAGUAUCUUCAGUCAAGGUGUAGGAAGAUUGUAGGUCUUGGGAUCCUCAGUCAAGGUGUAGGAAGAUUGUAGGUCUUGGUAUCCUCAGUCACGGUGUAGGAAGAUUGUAAGUCUUAGUAUCUUCAGUCAAGGUGUAGGAAGAUUGUAGGUCUUGGUAUCGUCCGUCAAGGUGUAGGAAGAUUGUAGGUCUUGGUAUCGUCCGUCAAGGUGUAGGAAGAUUGUAGGUCUUGGUAUCCUCCGUCAAGGUGUAGAGAGAUUGCAGGUUGUGGUAUCUUCAGUCAAGGUGUAGGAAGAUUGUAGGUCUUAGUAUCUUCAGUCAAGGUGUAGGAAGAUUGUAGGUCUUAGUAUCUUCAGUCAAGGUGUAGGAAGAUUGUAGGUCUUGGGAUCCUCAGUCAAGGUGUAGGAAGAUUGUAGGUCUUGGUAUCCUCAGUCACGGUGUAGGAAGAUUGUAGGUCUUAGUAUCUUCAGUCAAGGUGUAGGAAGAUUGUAGGUCUUGGGAUCCUCAGUCAAGGUGUAGGAAGAUUGUAGGUCUUGGUAUCUUCAGUCAAGGUGUAGGAAGAUUGUAGGUCUUGGUAUCUUCAGUCAAGGUGUAGGGAGAUUGUAGGUCUUGGUAUCUUCAGUCAAGGUGUAGGAAGAUUGUAGGUCUUAGUAUCUUCAGUCAAGGUGUAGGAAGAUUGUAGGUCUUGGUAUCUUCAGUCAAGGUGUAGGAAGAUUGUAGGUCUUAGUAUCUUCAGUCAAGGUGUAGGGAGUAGUAUCUCUAGACAAGGUGUAGGGAGUAGUAUCUCUAGACAAGGUGUAAGGAUAAGACUAGAAAGUAAAUCCCUUGGUCAAGGGAGGGAGAUUGUAGGAAGCAGUAUCCUCAGUCAAGCUGGAGUGAGUAGAAACUGUGGGUAAGGUGGAGGGCGUUCUAUCCAUAACUAUCUAAGGAUAGUGAAGACUGUAUUAUUCCCAAUUUAGAAAUAACAGUAUCCACUGUCAAAGUGUAGGAUAUAGUAUCCAUAGACCAGGUGUAUAGACCGGGAUCAUCAAUAAGGGUGGAGGAAGAGUGUAGGAAGUAGCAUUUGGUCAAGGCGUAGGACAAUGCAAACUGUGGUACUUUAGCCGUAGUCUAGAGAGAAGUUCCUCCAGAUAGCAGCGUAGUGUGCAGUACGGGUAUCCAGAGGAACAUAGGACGGGGGUACUAAUAUGCAGAGUAAGGAAAUUGGAGAAAAGAUAAAGUCGGGGACAGUUUGGGUGGCGGACUCUAUGAAACGUCUUGGUGUUGGCCUCUAAAAGAAGUCCUCUCUGCAGUCCUCUCUGUCCGGUCUCCAUAAGCAAAGAGAGGAGGAGAGAGCUUUACCGUUACAGAAAGGAAGCCAGACACCAACUCUAACACCCGAAGGUCUCAAGGUAGACCAGAAGAUCACACACUAGGAAUAAGAGCAACAACAAAAGUAGUAAAACAACGAAAGAAGAAAACAUUACGGAGUCACAAGUGACAUCCAGAAGAUGCCACGGGCCCCUGACCAGGAUGAGGCCGACGAGCUAUAUCAGAACAACUCUGUAUCCUGGCUGGCAUGUGGCGCCCUCUCGCUACUCGCCAACGCCUGGAGUAUCCUGAGCCUGGCCAGUCGAGGAGGGAGUGGCCAACGCCCCCGCCCUCUGGAAUUGCUCCUCUGCUUGCUGGCAGGAACACAUUUACUCAUGGCCGCUGUACCCCUCUCUCUGUUUUCGGUGGUGCAGCUGAGACGAAGACAUUCACCAGGCUAUGAGUGGAACGAGGGCCUGUGCAAAGUGUUUGUGUCCACGUAUUACACGCUGGCGCUGUCCACGUGCCUAACUGUGGCCUGCCUAUCUUACCACCGGAUGUGGAUGGUGCGGUGGCCCGUCAGCUACAGGCUGGGGGGCGCACGAAGACAAGCCCUUCAAGGGGCGCUAGGGAUUUGGGCGGCUUCCUUUGUACUGUCCACCUUGCCAUCCAUUGGGUGGCACGACAACGCUCGCAGAUUCUACACCCGUGGUUGCCACUUCUUGGCCAGUCGGAUCGGCCUGGGCUUUGGGCUGUGCUUCCAGCUCCUGUUGCUGGGAGGGGUGGGCACUGGCCUGGGCUGUUUAGGGGUGACUAUUUACCAUGCUUGCUGCUGCCCUGCCUCGGGGCAGAGAGGAGGGACAAGCGAAAGUGGGGCGGAGGGAAUGCUGGAGGUCCCAGCCAUCGUGGUGCAAGAUGCUCAGGGAAAAAGACGCUCAUCUUUGGAUGGGUCGGAAUCGCCAAGGACAGCAGCGCAGGUCACUGGUCUGAUCGGGGGGAUUGUGCUGCUCUAUGAUGCCCUGACAGGUCUACCCAUACUGGUGGUGAGCUUCAUAAGUCUCCGCUAUGACAGCGCCCCCCCAUGGAUGGUCCUGUGCGUCAUUUGGUGCUCCAUGGCCCAGACUCUGCUUCUUCCAUCCUUCAUCUGGUCCUGCGCCCGGUACCGGGCUGACCUGCGCACCGUGUGGGAGCACUGCGCCUCCAUGUUGUCCGACAGCGGGGGCGAUGAAGACAGCGGUCGGGAUGACUUCUCAGAUGGACGGCUGUGCGAAGUCCGCUUCGACUCCAACGGUGCCGCCAUCAAAAGACCUCCGCACUACCUGGGAGGAGACCUGAGGGACGGGAAAUACAUCCCGGUGAGACACAUUCUACUGCCCACAGACCGGAGCCAGUACCUGCAGGUUCACCGACACCAGGCUGCCCUCUCACGGAGGAUGUCCCAUGAUGAAAUAGACCUGUUUAACCCUCGCUCAUCACCACUCUUGCUCAGGUGGUCUUCCUCAGAUGACAUUCGGGGCGGGCCUGGAUCGAUGCGUGGAAGCGGCCCACCCAGCCCCCGUCGGGGUCACGACAUACCGCCUUGGGGCCGCCGCCCACCCCCAAGAAGAGAUUCGGAUGAAAGCUUGAGCACUCUACACCAGUUCUUGCAGAGCGGCAUGGGAGGACCUGCAGGGAUGGGCAGCGGCGGGCACAAUUCCUUCUUUCGAGAUGAAAUAACUGCCUUUAUCGAUGACACGCCCUGCCCUUCUCCCCUUGGAACACCCCACCGAGUCCGGUCAACCCCUAGGCCCUCACCUUUCCCUAGAAAGGGACACGAUGGCGGCAUGGCCUGGGCCGCUUUAGGGGAACGCCGACUAUCUCUGUGCAGCCCGCCUCUUGCCCCAACCGACACCCGUAGGUCCUCCUUGUCUGAACGGGGUUGUAAAGGUGAGGCAACAUAAUGACAAAUUCUUGAAGAGCAUACAGGGUCGAAAACGCUUACCUCCUUUAUAUCAGCAACCACUGAACUAAAGAUGGUUGCACAUGGACCCUCUCUUUAAAUAUGUUGUUCUCAGGCAUAUCAGAUGUUUGUCGGGGUGGCAAAGGGGAUUUCGGAGGGGGCACUUUGCUGAUGCACUGCCUCUACCCGUCAAGCCCCCUUUGAUACCACUUUGCCCCCUCACAGACACGCUACAAAUACACUGGAAAUUGAGCCAAAAGACGAUAUAAAUAAAACGUGAUUUGAUUACCA